CAAUUAGACUUCCGGGACACCCAGUCAACGAUGCCCAACUGUCCCAAGUGCGGAAAGCCGGUUUACUUCGCUGAACGUAUUACAUCAAUCGGCUUUGAUUGGCAUCCUCUUUGUCUUCGUUGCGAGGAAUGUGGCAAGCGGCUGAACCCCGGCGGCCAUUCAGAACAUAAAGGCAAACCGUACUGUAAUACUCCAUGUUACAGUGGACUCUUUGGUCCAAAAGGCUAUGGUCGAAGUGGAGUAGUGAUUCAUGCCACAGCUGCAGACGGUGAAGGUUUCGAUAUUGCAAGCAAAGACUUGAUGUUGAAAAUAAGACAGUACAAUGCAUUCUUGAGUGGAAUGCUGGGUGAACUGAGCAGUCGUGAAUUGAACGGAAGAAUUGUAUUUGAAGGAGUCAUGCGUAUCUACUGGGGCCUUAAGAAGCCGAUUCGAUUGGCGUCAUCAGCUAAGAGCAAGCUACGGUUGAGGAGUUCAUUUGCUGAGUCAGACAGCCCUGUGUCUCCGUACACAAAGAAGUUGGUGACGCAACUGCAGAGGCAGAGGACAAUGAACGAGAAUGACCAUCGGCUUCGUUCGUCUUCUUCUACUGAAUCUGAGAGUAACAGUCCGGCUACUCCGAAACGACAACGGUCUGUCAGGGCAAGGAAAAUUAGCAAUGCCGCUUCAUUGCGUCCACCUGGAAAACAGAACGAUGAAGCGUUUAUUCCUCCAUAUGGCACGUAUGCAAAUUUGAGGAUUAUCAGUACGUACUCUACAGAAGAUGUCAUGAAAAUGUUACUAGAGAAAUUUACUGUGGAGAACAGUCUGAACGAGUACGCCUUGUAUGUCAUACAUGAUCAUGGAGGUGCCGAGCCGGUAAAGAACGAUGACUAUCCACUGCAAGUGAGACUAAAACUGGGUCCUAGCGAGGCCGUGGCAAAGAUUUUCAUAAUGGAUGCAGCAGACGAAGCACGAGUAGAUGUCUCACCUGAGGUUGCUCAAUACAUAAAUUUAGCAAUGCCCGUACUUGAGGGCAUCUUAUCGAAAUAUGAUGAAGAGGAGAAACGUGAAGCAGCAAAGAUUAGGAAGAGGUACCAAUUGAUGAAAAGGCAAUUGAACGAUCAAGUUCGCGGCAUACAACAGGAAGCCUAAAUGGUCUGUUGUUUGUGUGUUGUACACUGGCUGUCGCAACUGAUUCUAUAGAGAGGCUAGCACUUUUGGCCAUAAUGUACAUUGUAGUUACGUGAGACAUGCUGCUCUGCUCGGCUGGUUAUUAAUUUUUUAGGCGAUAUUUGAAUCAGUACUUUAUUGAUAUAAAUAUCAAAGUUUGACACUGUUGAAAUAAUUGAGAUCUGUA